GCUCCGCCUCCGCUCGUCUCCACCUCCAUCCUCCUCUGCCUCUCUCCACGCGCCUUCCGCCUCCGCCUUCCAUCUCCAUCCAUCACCGCCUCACCGUGGCCGCCGCCGCCAUAUUCUGCCCCGUCCCCGAAGCCGACUCGGAGAACGCGCGCCAGCCGUGCCGACCAAACACGCGGCGGCCGUCGCCUUAUAAUGGACGGCGACGAGCCACCGGAGCGCACCCUCUCCGUACUUCGCAGCCCCACCCGCCGCCGCCGCUAGGGUUUCUCGCGCGCGAAUGGGCUGCACUACCUCACACGACGCCUUCGCCGCCGCGGUCACCUCCUCCUCCUCCUCGUCGCGCCCGCGGGGCGGCGCCGACCCCGCCGCGCUGUGCCGCGAGCGCGUGGCGCUCAUCCGCGCCGCGGCCGACCGCCGGCUCGCGCUCGCCGCCGCGCACGCCGCCUACUUCCGCUCGCUCGCCGCCGUCGGGGACGCGCUCCGGCGCUUCGCCGCGGCCGCGCUCGCGCCGGCCACACCCGCGCCCGGCUCCUCGCCGGUGCUCAGGCUCCCGCCUUCCCCCGCCAAGCAGGUCGCCGCGUCCAGCCUCCCGCCGUCGCCGUCCUCGUCCUCCACCGUCUCGUCGCUCUCGCACUCCCCCUCCGACCACGACCACGACAUCGAGGAGGCUCUCCACGGCGGCGGAAGCGACAAGGCGGCGGCGGCGUCUUCCACGAGGCACCACCAACACUACAUGAGAAGGUCGUCCACCGUGCCAACCGUAGUGUACGAGGACCCCAACGCGCAGGUCCAGUACACCCAAGCCGAGACCAGCUACGGCUACGCGUACCCGUACGGGCCCUACGGCGAGGUGGUUGAGGGGGAGAGACCGCAGCCUGCGCCGACGAUGCCUCCCCGACCGCCGCCUUCGCCGCCGACCGCGGAGGUUUCGCCGUGGGAUUUCUUUGACCCGUUCACGCAGUACGACCAGUUUAUGGAGGACUACUCUCGCGGGCAUCUGCCAACCAACAGCCCCAACUACGCCGAGCUGAGGAGGAUGGAGGGAAUCCCGGAGCUCGAGGACGAGGCGGAAUUGGAGGCCAAGGCGGCGGCGACAUCCAAGCCAUCGACUUCCGGUGGUGCUGACCAAAAUGCCAAGGGGAAGGGACCAAUUGCAGACAGUGCCUCCUCAAACGGCAAUCCUUCUGGCGGCAAGCUACAGAGGAAGGGUUCGGAACCAGCUCCUGCUGCCAUGCUACAGAGUAAGGGAUCGGAGACUGCUCCUGAUGCCAAUGCUGAGGCGGGAAUACCGGUAUCCAAGAACAAGGGAGGGGGUAAGAACACGGCCAGCCUAAGGGGAACUGUUAGUGGCAACAUUGAUGGCAGCAGCACCAGUGGGAAGAAGAAAGAUGUGGCCUUCGACGAGGAACAGUCCAUCAGAGCAGCAGGAGGUGGUGAUAGCCAUGGCAAGUCAGUGCAGUCGGUGGUGAGCAGCGAGCCAUUCUCGCCAUUGCAUCAUGGGACGAGAGAUGUCAGGGAGUCAAUGGACGAGGUCAAGGAGCUGUUCGAUGAGGCGGUAAACUGCAGCACAGAGGUCUCAAGGCUGCUGGAGGUGGGGAAAAUGCCUCCCCGGAGCACCCCCGGAGUUCUUAGAUACAUCUCAUCCAGAGUGGUUGAUCCUAUAGGUCUUACCGUGUCGACAUCGUCUUGCCUCCCAAAACCACAUGGCAGGAAAUCAAGAGCAUCAAGCAGCAAGGCGAGCACUUCAGCCUCGUCAAGUGCUGCUCGAAGAAAUGGUGGUAUGGGCCACCUCUCAUCAACUCUGGAGAAGCUGUGGGUCUGGGAAAAGAAGCUCUAUCAGGAGAUUAAGGAUGAAGAGAAGCUACGGAUGCAGUAUGAGAAGAACUACAGGAGAUUGAAAUCUCUGGAUGAACGAGGAGCUGAAUCAAGUACAAUCGACUCCACCCGGAUGUCGGUAAGGCUUCUACAGUCCAAGAUCAGCAUCAAUGUUAGAACCGCCAAUGCCUUCUCAUCAAAGAUACAGAAGAUUCGAGAUGAAGAACUUUACCCUCAACUGGUUGAUCUCAUCCAAAAGUUCAGAAGAUUGUGGAAAGGGGUUCUGGAAUGCCAUGAGAAGCAGCUAUUGGCCAUACAUGACAGCAAAAUUAACCAGCUGAAGGCGAUGACCAUAAGCCAAUCCGGUGCUGCUUCAGAGGCCUCAAGGGAAUUGGAGAGGGAGCUCACAAAAUGGUAUCGUUGCUUCAACAAGUGGAUCAACUCCCAAAGGUCUUGUGUUGAGGCGCUGAAUGGAUGGCUCAAGAAAUGGCUCCCUGAGGCACCGGAGGAAGAUACAGCUGAUGGAGUCCCACCUUUCUCUCCAGGAAGGCUUGGCGCGCCACCUGUAUUCAUCAUCUCAAAUGAUUGGUUCCAAGCGAUUGAGAUGGUCUCCAAGACUGAUGCACUGAGAGCAAUCGACCAUUUCUCCAAGCUUGUGCAUGAAUUCAAGAAGAGCCUGGAAGAAGAGCAACGGCAGAAGCGGAAAGCCGACCAUGCUUCCAGAGAUUACAACAGAAAGUGUGAGGUUUUGCAGGGAGAACUUGGACUGAGUACCAUGGAGAACGCUCACUACAGCCAUGAUGACCGUGUAAUUGACCUGGAAAGGUUGAGGAAAAGAAGGGACAAGGAGAAGACCAGCCAUGAAAAGAUCCUAACUCAUGCUCAUGUUGCAGCCUCAGCCACUCUGCCGAUUGGUUUGGUCCCUGUGCUGCAACAGAUCACCAGUUUCUUUCAGAAAAACCAGCAGGUCUACACGCGAAUCAGAAUUCAAGGCACCUGAGGCUUCAGACUGCGUAGAAUAGAUUCCAGUGAAAGAUUUAACACACCUGAGUUCAGCUUACAACAGCCACAUUUGCGGUUCAUGCAGCAAUCAAUAGUAGAGCACUUUUUGUAUAGAAUUAUAGAUAUGACUCGGGAUUAGGUUGUUUAGCUCUUACAAUUCGUGCAGAAUGUUAGGUUCUACAUUACUCUGACUCAUGCUUUGUACAGGGAAGUACCACUAACUAUCGAUGUAUCAUUCAGAGGUUUUAGCGAUUAUUUAUUUAUUCUGUACAUGGUACAAAAUAGUCA